CAGGAGAACUCAAAUAUAAAAAAUUACUCUAACUAAAAUGCCGAAAGCAGAAAAGAAUAAGAAGCAAAAGCAAGAUCCUGCACCCAUUGAGCAGCUUUUUUCCUCGGAGGACGAUUAUGAUAUGAACCUGGCUAACUUUCAACGCGGAUCCAAAUCCGCUCCCACCAAGCCAAAGCCGGAGGAACAGCACGCUUCCUCGGAUGACGAAAAUAAUUUUAACCUGGUAAAUAUUAUAAAGGGAACAAAGCCGCAAAAGGCUUCUUUAAGUGAGUCGGAGUCGGAGUCGGGGGAGGAACCUUCGGAUGAGUCCGAGUUAGAGCCAGUUGAACAGGACGCUGAGCAGUUUCUCUUCUCGGACGACGGUUAUGACAUGAACCUGGCCAACUUUGAACGCGGAUCCAAAUCCGCUCCCACCAAGCCGAAGCCGGAGGAACAGGACACUUCCUCGGAUGACGAAAACAAACUUUACCUACCAAAGCCGCAAAAGGCUUCUUUGAGUGAGUCGGAGUCGGAGGAGGAACCUUCGGAUGAGUCCGACUCGGAGCUAAAAGAACAGGACGCUGAGCAGUUUCUCUUCUCGGACGACGGUUAUGACAUGAACCUGGCCAACUUUGAACGCGGAUCCAAAUCCGCUCCCACCAAGCCGAAGCCGGAGGAACAGGACACUUCCUCGGAUGACGAAAACAAACUUUACCUACCAAAGCCGCAAAAGGCUUCUUUGAGUGAGUCGGAGUCGGAGGAGGAACCUUCGGAUGAGUCCGACUUAGAGCCAGUUGAACAGGACGCUGAGCAGUUUCUCUUCUCGGACGACGGUUAUGACAUGAACCUGGCCAACUUUGAACGCGGAUCCAAAUCCGCUCCCACCAAGCCGAAGCCGGAGAAACAGGACACUUCCUCGGAUGACGAAAACAAACUUUACCUACCAAAGCCGCAAAAGGCUUCUUUGAGUGAGUCGGAGUCGGAGGAGGAACCUUCGGAUGAGUCCGACUCGGAGCUAAAAGAACAGGACGCUGAGCAGUUUCUCUUCUCGAACGACGGUUAUGACAUGAACCUGGCCAACUUUAAGCGCGGAUCCAAAUCCGCUCCCACCAAGCCAAAGCCGGAGGAACAGGACGCUUCCUCGGAUGACGAAAACAAACUUUACCUACCAAAGCCGCAAAAGGCUUCUUUGAGUGAGUCGGAGUCGGAGGAGGAACCUUCGGAUGAGUCCGACUCGGAGCUAAAAGAACAGGACGCUGAGCAGUUUCUCUUCUCGGACGACGGUUAUGACAUGAACCUGGCCAACUUUAAGCGCGGAUCCAAAUCCGCUCCCACCAAGCCGAAGCCGGAGAAACAGGACACUUCCUCGGAUGACGAAAACAAACUUUACCUACCAAAGCCGCAAAAGGCUUCUUUGAGUGAGUCGGAGUCGGAGGAGGAACCUUCGGAUGAGUCCGACUCGGAGCUAGAAGAACAGGACGCUGAGCAGCCUCUCUCCUCGGACGGCGACUAUGACAUGAACCUGGCCAACUUUAAAAACGGAACCAAAUCCGUUCCCACCAAGCCAGAGCCGAAGAAAAAGUACGAUAAGCUUCCAGUUCCCUCGGAUGACGAGGAUGAAAUGGACAUGGCAAACUUCAAAAACGGCUCUACACCCGCUCGCACCAAGAAAGCCAAGAAGGGCAUUAUCUACAUAUCCAAUAUUCCCAAGCACAUGAACGUGACGCGCCUCCGCAAAAUUCUAGGGGAGUAUGGAAAAAUCGGAAGAGUUUACCUGCAGCCGGAGAAGCUGUCAAGUGCCAAGGCCAAGAAGAACAAGCGGAAGGGCCGCAAGAUCCGCUUCACCGAGGGCUGGGUGGAGUUCGAGUCGAAGGGGAUCGCCCAGUUCCUCGUCACCAUACUAAACAACUCCAAAAUCUCCAACCGUAAGAAGUCUAAGUUCUCCGACUCGCUGUGGAGCAUGAAGUAUCUUUCGUGCUUCAAGUGGGUGCACCUCACCGAGCGCCUGAACUACGAGCAGAACAAUCUCAUCAAGAACGAGUUCCUCAAGAAGUUGGCCAAAAAGCCCAAGGCUGAAAAGUUUGGGAACGCUGCCAAGAAGAUGAAGAUGACCACGACCCAGAGCGAGUGAGGACUGAGCCUCAGACUGACACUUUAAUGUGUAACUUAAGAAGAAUCUGUGAUUUUAAGAAUCUGUGACUUAAAUAAAUUCAAUAACUGAUUUAAAAUA